AAUAUUUAAAAGAAUAUUAAAAUCUAACAAGAUAGCAAAUUAAAAAUCGUUUCUUUUCAUUCAAAAUACUUCAUAAUAUAUAAACCAAAAAUUAUAAUAGAUUUUUUUAGUAUUAUCUUUAGUAACUAGGCGAUAAAUCAUAUAAAUUAAUAUACUCAGUUAAUUCUAAAAAUAAAUAAAUAGAUUAAAUUAAUUGUUAGGGUAGCACUAGGAAUGAAUGCAUCAUAAAUAUAGAAAAAGUAUGAGCUCUAAAAACAAAAAAUUCAAGAGCUCGUCUUUUAAAUUGAAAAGGAGUAUAAGGAAUCCAGCCAGCUUAACUAUGAAAGAUAAAAGGAGUAGGAAGAUCGCGAAAAUGAAAUGGAAAGAAUUAAGAAUAAGCUGUAAAUGAUAAAAAGCUAAAAUGAAGAAUUACAAAUGUCUGCAAAUGAAUCUUUUUUAAGAAACAGCUAUUUACAAAAGUAGAUUGAAGAGUCUGAGUCAGAGUAGCAAUAAAAUAUGCUCAUAAUUUAGUAGAUGAAUAGAAAACUAAAUUAUUUGCAAGACAUUAAAAAGAACUUAGAAAAUAUGAACAACAUUCACUCCAAUAGCUUGGAGAAUGCUAGUUUAAUGGAAUAAACAAACGAAGAUUAUAAAAAGCAAAUGGAACAAAAUAAUAUAAAAAUUUAAAAGAUAGAUACUGAAAUACAGUUUUCUAAAGAAAGAUUGGAGGCUUUGCUGAAGAAAUAUUAGCAAUUAAAAAUGAAUGAAAAGAAUAUUAAGGAACUUUAGCAGUGUUUGGAUAAAGAAAAGAGUAAAUAUAAUAAGCAAGUUUAAAAUCUCUCUGUGUAGAAUUCUAUGCUAUAAAGCUAGGUAAAAGAAAUGCAAGCUAGCUAUUGUUAGGUAAAGUAAGAUGUCAAAGCAAAUAAGGAGCCUCGAAAGUAGCACACACUUGCUCAAAUUGCAUAAAUUUUAACUCCUGAAGACUUUGAUCGUAAGCCUAAAUAUAAUUAAGAGUUAUCAGAAACAUCUUGCAAGACCUUUCAUCUUUUUCAAGAGAGUUCUUUUAUGAAUAAAAUUAAGGUGUCUGAUUUCAACUCUAAUAAUAUUCCUGAUAAUGAAAGUGACUCUAGGUCAUUUAUUUCACUCAAAUAUUCAUAAUAGCCAUAAUAAUAAACAUCUAAUUUGGCUAUGUCUAACAAGAAUCCUUUCAACCAAAAUGAUAACUCAUUGAAUAAUUCCAAUUAGAAAAGCUUAAGCAAUUUAAAUUUACAAAGCAUUAACAUUUCAAAUAAAUAGAAUGUGAGUAAUUCAAAUUUAUUAAAUGAGUAAAAUUCCAAAGAUAAAAAUUAGUUCAAUAAAUAAAAAGAACAACCUUAGAUUCAAAAAUAAUACCUGUCUGAUAAUAAUAAGUAUCCGUAAUCAUAAAUUAGCUAGUAAGGUUAAGGAUAAAGUUAGUUGUAAUAAUAAAGAAACGAAAAUGGUAAAUCAUAAUAUAAUUAGCAAUAGACUUUAGGAAAGAGCUAAUAAAGUCCUCUUUAUUCUUAAACAUAAUAAGAAUUUAAUUAAUAAAAUUUGAUUUAGUAAAAGUUAAAUGUCUAGUAGAAGUCAUAAUAGUAACCAGAAUAUUUGUAAUAAAAACAGUAAGUUUAACAAUAAUAAUCUUUUUAGACUUAAAAGUAAUUUCAAGAGCUUCCUCCAAAGCACCAAGCUCCAAACAAAUAGCAAAUAAUAUAAUAAAUCAAUAAAAAUAUAUAAAGAAACAGAGCAAUUACUACUUAUUAAAACGAAGAGCCUCAAUCAUUAAAUCCUUUAUAAAAAUAUGAAUCAAGCUCUAAAUAUUAGAAGGGCCUUUAAACUAUCUAUGAAAGCUAGAAUAUUCAUGAAAAGCCAGAGAGUUUAGAGGACACUCCUAAAAAAGUUAAAUAAUUUAAUAAUUCAUCAGAAGUUACUUAAAGAAUGAGAUGUGCUGCAUCACUUUAAGGUUCUUCAAAUAUUAGUAAUACCAAGUCAGGUUAUAACUCAGAUGUUAAGGAAAGAAAAUCAAAAGCUAUUCAUAGCAGGCAGAAGUCGAAUUCGAUCUACUCAAGUUUAAUUAUAGGAGCAGGAGUUGUGGCUGCUAGCUUCGUUUACUAUAAACUAGCUCCUAAAAAGUAAUGA